AUGAAUUAAACUCGUAAUCAGGUACUCCCUUAAAUAAAUUCUCAUGGCAACUCCUCAGAAUAAUAGUAUUUGAAUGAAAAUCUUUUUGACUUGCGGGAUAAGAACAAAGAGGGGAGAAAAUAGAAAAAUUACGAGGUAAUGGAUCUUAUUUAUCACAAAUAAAAGAAAAAAAAGAAGCAAGAGGAGUACAAUAUUGCCUAAUUUAUGAAGAAAAAUUAGGUUGAAGAAUAUUAAAUAGACAUAUAGCGCGCUGAAAUUUAAAGAAUUUGCAAGGAAUAUGGGAUCCAAUAUAAUUAAAAAAACUUCCCUUAUAGAGAAAAAAUUAGACAAAUUUGCCAAGACAUCUCAGUAUUUUAUCAAUACAAGAGAGAUCAAAGAGAUAUUCUAGACUCAUCUGUUUUGAAGAAUCCUGAAUAUCUUAAGAGAAAAAAAGAGGAAUUCAUUAAAAUGAAAACCUUAUUUACUGCUGAAUAUCUUGGAAUUGAUAAGUUAACUUCAUCAGAGAGAGAAUUAUUUUUGAAACUUUAAGAAGAGAAAUUAAGAGAAUAAGAAGAUUCCUCUGAGGAAAAUGCAAAUGCACUUAGAAAUAAAAGUAGACUUGAUAAUACAAAAGAUCCUAGCAAAAAUGAUAGCUAUUUAAAGAAAGUCCAAAUCAAUGAAAGCUAGUAAAUUAUUGAGUUGCCCGUUAUUAGCAUAAAUCAUAAACUUAGCAAAAGCAUAGUGGCAAAUGGAAGCAAUUAGCAUUCUAAGGACUAAGAAAAUACCUUUAUUUCACUCAUGAAGAAAUCAGAGGAAUUAUAUUCGGUUCCUGACGGUACUGAACCACUUUCUACUAUUAAGUUAAAACAACAGCACAUUAAAAAUUAGUCUUCAUUAGAUACAUAAGGAUCAAGAAAUCUUAAUUUAGCGCCUAUAAUUCACAGGAAGAAGCUUAGAGACAGAGUCUAAAAAGCGAAUAUAAGCAUUUUAGACAAUGAAUUUUUAAAUCAGUCUAUUACUGAAUCAAAUCUUGAUGGUUCAUAGAGAUUCAAGCAAUCAAUAUUGAGUAAAAAGGUUCAGAGAAAAUUCGACUAGUCUUUUGACAAUAAUAAUGAUAAAGUAAAAGCAUCAGGAUUGCUAACAACAACAUCGAGUGCUUUAAAAUAGAUGAUGUAUUAGAGUUUCUUCACUCCUAAUAAGACAAAAAUGAAUAAUAAAUUAGGAAGAGCAACCUCUAAAUCUCCUGAAGAGAAUUUUGGUGCAGAGAAUAUUCCCUAAACUGAAUUUAAACCAACAGGUAUGAGACUUAAGUUCAAAGAAGAGACCCCUAAAUUAAAUGAUACAAACAUCAAGGAGCUGAUUUCAAAGUAUCCAUCUCCUAGCAAAAGAAGUGUAUUGGAAAGACAAUAAACGGAUUCUUUGAGAACCAGAUAAAGGAAAUAGCUUUAGAGCAUCAUUAGAAACGUGGAUAGAAAUGAAAUUGAUAGGAAAAAUGACGAACAGAAAUUGCUUCAGGAUAUGCUUGUUUAAAAUAUCAAAGAAGAGCAAUUUCUGAAAACUCUUGACAAAUUAAAGGAGAUAGACUUUGCUGACAGCUCUGUUAUGGAAACAUUAUUUGAGUAUAAAACUAGAGAUGAGGAAGAUCAGAUUGAACAAGCACAUGAAGUUGCAAAGGAAUAUCAUUCAGGAAAACUUGAUCCAUUAAAUGCUAUUAAACUAGAGAAAAAAAGAAGAACCUAAAAUACUAAAAAGUUUUGA